CUUCCACCGCUGCCAGAUUCGACACUGUGCGGACUGCUCGUUCUUACCUGCAUAUGCCUGCAUAAGCUGUGCACGCGCCUUGCGUGAGCUAGGAAGAAAGGUUAAUUCACCCAGCACGGGGAGAGUGGUACACCGAGUAGCUGCGACCCACUUCUUCCUUUCUCCCCCACUACGCUUCCCCGUCUCGGACCCAACCAGCUCUUGCGUGCCCCGGAGGCCGGAGAAAUGGAAGAUUACACGUUAUUGACCUCUGUGGUCGCUAGCCUCGCCACCCUUGCUUAUCUCAAAAGAUGGCUCUGGCCUGACAGCCGACAGCUCAAACGUAUCCCCACUAUUGGACCCACGGCGCCCAUUAUAUCGUACUGGGGCGCGGUCCGGUGGUUGAUGUAUGGUGCGGAGAUUACGCAGGAGGGUUAUACCAAGUACAAGGGGCGGCCGUUCAAAGUCGCGAAUUUCAAUCGUUGGCUGGUCAUUGUUUCAGGUCCCCAGCUGGUCGACGACAUCCGCAAAGCCGCGGAUCACGAGCUCUCUUUUGAGGAAGCUGCUCACGAGAACCUAGAAGUGCGCUACACCGCCGGGCCUAGCAUUGCCGAGAACAGUUACCAUGUCCCGAUCGUCCGCGGGCAGCUGACGAGGAACAUCGCACUCCUGUUUGACGGCAUCCGCGACGAGGUCGCCAAGGCUUUUCAUGACCAGAUCCCACCUACCGAUGACUGGACGCCUGUCGUUGCGCACCUCGCCAUCAUGCAGGUCGUAGCGAGGGCCACAAACAGGGUGUUCGUCGGCGCUCCGAAAUGCAGAGACCGAGACUGGCUGGACCUGUCAAUACAGUUCACUGGUGACUUGAUGCACGGUGCGCAAAUCAUCACGCAAUUCCCGAGUUUCCUCAAGCCACUGGCGGCGCGACUCUUUACGCGGGUGCCCGCUGCCAAGCGACGAGGAUGCAGACACCUCGAAAAGAUAAUCGAGCACCGUAAAGCAUGCCUCGAGCAGUACGGUCGGGACUGGCCAGACAAACCUAAUGAUCUGCUCAGCUGGCUGAUAGACGAAGCCGAGGGCGACGAGCGAACCGUGUACAACCUUGUCACGCGUGUUUUGACGCUCGAGUUUGCUGCAAUACACACUUCCAGCAAUAGUUUCACCCAUGCUCUGUAUCAACUGGCGGCCCAUCCGGAAUGGGCUGAGCCCAUGCGCGACGAGAUCGAGCAAGUCGUCAGGCGGGAGGGCUGGUCCAAGGUGUCGCUGGACAAGAUGCACACGCUCGACAGCUUCCUCAAGGAGAGCCAGCGGUACUACGCGAUUGGAAGUGUGACAAUGGUUCGCCGGGCCAUGAAGGACUUCAUGUUCUCGGACGGAACGGUCAUCCCCGAGGGAACGUUCGUCGGUGUCGCGGUGCUGCCCAUGCAGCACGACCCAGAGUACUACAAGGAUCCCGACACCUUCAACCCAUGGCGCUUCUCUGAUAUGCGCGAGAAAGAGGGUGACUCGGGCAGACACCUGAUGGUCAGCACCGGCAUCGAGUACCAUCCCUUUGGCUACGGCCGACAUGCCUGCCCCGGACGCUUCUUCGCAGCUACCGAGCUCAAGCUCAUGCUCGCACACGUCGUCCUCAACUACGACGUCAAGGCCGAGGAAGACGGUGUCGUGCCGCCGUUCCUGCAGUUCGGGCAGAACACCGCGCCAGACAUGAAGGCUCAGGUGCUCUUCAGGAAGCGCCAGCAGCUGUGAACGUCGUCGCGGUAUACCUCGUCUCGGUUGAUACCCUCCGGCAGCUCUCGCCCACAACCUAUACACGAUAUCAUGAUUUCUGGCACUUGCAUGGGUACUCUUAUCUAAUAGAUGCUAUUCCUGUCAUGCGCAAGUACUGCAGCAUCAUGAUGUCAGGCGGCCCGCGGCCGGAGAGGUUUAUAUAACCCAAACUUCA